AUGUCAAUUCAAAACGUCAACAAUAAACAACAUGUAAGUAUGAACGAUGGUGAAAAUAAAGAAAGUAUAACAUUGAUUUGGUUUGAUCCAAAUACUCGAUCACGUAAAGAGACUGAACAAACCGUACGACAACUUCGCCUUAUAAAUGAUUAUGUUAUUUUUUCUUCUGAUCUUGAAGAAUGUAUUAGACGUAUUCAAUUAAUUAAUAAAGAAAUCAUUUUUCUAAUUACAUCUGGUGCAAAAGCAUCACAAAUUGUACCUCGAAUUUCUUCUUUCGAUCAAAUCAAUUCAAUUUUUAUUUUCAAUAAAGAAAAAACUUCAUAUGAAGAUUUAUUAACUAAAUAUUCAAAUAUAAUUGGUAUCUAUAUUAAUCUUGAUGAUUUAUGUAAAUCAAUUAAAGAAGAAAUUAAUUUCAUUAAUAAACCAAUACAAACAUUUUCUUUUAUUGAUCAACAUCAAAUAUCGAUCAAAGAUAUAUCGAAACAAUCAGCAAAAUUUCUUUGGUAUCAAUUAUUUUAUCAAACAUUAUCUUGUCUUUCACGAAAUCCACAAGCAAAACAACAAAUGAUUCAAGAGUGUACAGAAUAUUAUGAUGGAAAUACGAAAGAAAUGAAAUUUAUUCAUAAUUUUGAAAAAAAUUAUCGAUCCGAAGAUGCUAUCGUUUGGUAUUCAAAACGAUCAUUUCUUUAUAAAUUAAUCAAUAAAGCAUUAAGAACACAAGAUAUUGAUUUAUUGUAUAUGUUUAGAUUUUUUAUCGAUGAUCUUUCUGAAAAUUUUCAGUGUCAACAUGAAAAAAUUUUAUCAUCACAAGAAAAAAUAUUAAAUGUUUAUCGAGGACUCAAACUUCAUAAACAACAAUUGGAUAGAUUAAAAGAAAAUAAAGAAAAAUUUAUUUCAACAAAUGGAUAUUUCUCUACUAGUCGAUCAAAAGAAUUUGCAUUAAAUUUUGCACUAAGAACAACAAAUAAAACUGAUAUUGUUUCUAUUCUUUUCCAUAUUCAAUGCGAUAUUGAACAAACCGAUAAAAAUAUUCUUUUCGCUGAUAUUAAUCAAUUAAGUGAAUAUCAAGAUGAACAAGAAGUUUUAUUUAAUCUAAAUGCUUGUUUUCAAAUAGAAUCAAUUGAAGAAAAUACAUCUUUAUAUAUAAUUAAAAUGAAUCUUUCCAAUCAAGGACAGCAAAUCACUAAAAAUUUUAUUGAAUUAAUCGAAAAAGCAACAGAAGAAAUGAGUAUUUCAAUUAUUCUUGGAAGAUUACUCUGUGAUUCAGGGAAAUAUGAUAAAUCACUGAAAUAUUUUCAACAAUUAUUGAAUGAUUCAAAUGAUAAAGAUCGUGCUUGGAUUGAAUUUAGUAUAGGUAGAGUUCAUCAUAUUAAAGAUGAAUUGAACGAAGCUCGAGAGUAUUAUGAUCGUGCCUAUGAUUGCAUGAUGAAAAAUAAACCAGCACGGGUCAAAGAUUCUGCUCAUGUUUUACAGCAGAUUGGUUCUAUUCUUUUCCAUGAAGAAAAAUAUGAUGAUGCUCUGAAUUAUUAUCAACGAGCGUUAAAAAUUAGUGAAAUAUUUCAACCAUCUGGUGAUGUCGAUACUGCUCAAGUCCUUAAUAAAAUUGGUUCUAUUUUUUCAAAACAAAAAAAAUAUGAUGAAGCUAUAAAUUGUUAUCAACUAGAAUUGAAAAUUCAAGAAAAGUUUUAUCCAUCUGACCAUGCCGAUAUUGCUACAAGUCUCAGCAAGAUUGGUUCUAUUCUUUCGGUACAAGAAAAGAAUGAUGAAGCUAUGGAUCAUUACCAACGAGCGUUGAAAAUUCAAGAGAAACUUUAUCCAUCGGGUCAUCUCGAUACUGCAAUGAGUCUUAACAGUAUUGCUUAUAUUUUUGCCAAACAAGCAAAGUACGAUGAUGCUUUUGAUUAUUAUCAAAAAGCAUUGAAAAUUCGAGAACAGUGUUAUCCAUCUGGUCAUGCCGAGACUGCAAUAAGCCUUAAUGGCAUUGGUUAUAUUCUUUUGAGACAAGAAAAAUAUGAUGAAGCUAUGGAUUAUCAUCAACGAGCGUUGAAAAUGAUAGAGGAACUUCAUCCAUCAGGUCAUACCACUGCUACUAUCAGUCUUCACGAUAUUGGUUAUGCUUUUUCGAAACAGAAAAAGUACGAUGAAGCUCUUGAUUAUUAUCAAAGAGCGUUGAAAAUUCAGGAGAAACUUUAUCCAUCUGGUCAUGUCGACACUGUUACAACCCUGAGUAAUAUGGCUUCUGAUUUCUUGAUACAGAAAACGUACGAUCUAGCACUUAGUUAUCAUCACGAAGCAUUAAAAAUUAGAGAGAAACUUUAUCCGUCUGAUCAUGUUGAUAUUGCAAAAAGUCUCCAGAGCAUUGGUUAUGUUCUUUUGCAUCAAGGAAAGUACGAUGAAGCUCUUGGUUAUUAUCAAAAAGCAUUGAAAAUGAGAAAGACACUUUAUCCAUCUGGUCAUCUUGAUAUUUCUGUGAGCCUUACAAACAUUGGUGACAUUCAUUAUAAUCAACGAAAAUACGGCGUAGCUCUGUAUUAUUAUGAGCAAGCGUUCAAAAUUUGUAAAGACUUAUAUCCAUCUGGUCAUAUUAAUAUUGGCAUAAAUUUGGAUAUGAUUGGUCGAUGUUAUGAAAAUCAGAAGAAUCGAACGAAAGCACUUGAGUAUUAUCAGCAAGCAUUGCCUAUAUAUGAGAAGUUUCUACCUCAUAGUGAUCAACGUCGUCAAAAAUUGGUGAACAAUAUUCGUCGGGUCUCACAGAAAAAUUAA